AUAGUCGGCCACUGUGCAACUCAAUUAGAUUAACGCCGCGUAACAAAUCCGAGUGAUAUAAAAUCAGACCCAUAAGACACAGCAACCCUCUGCUUAAGAGCAUACAGUUAUGUAUUGCCACCGAUUUAGUAUGUUGCGCCAACCCUUCGUCGAUGCUGUCGCUGGCUUUUGAUUGAGCCUGAGUGGGAUGCGUGACUGCUGAAAGUACGCACUGCGGAUGCGGAUGUGAUAUGAAAUCAGUAACAGUCGAUUGGCUGCCAUCAGAGUUACAAGUACUUAAACGACGCGAAGCGGGCGCAAAUUAAAGAUCUCGAUCGCCUGUCGCCCAUGAGCCGUUAAACAUUUCCGAUGCUAGGUCGAUUGUAUUUACGCAUUUCGUUGACCAUUGUCACCCUCCGCAUCAUGUAAAUUGAUAGUGUCGGCCGCGAGGAAUAUAAGUGUUUGCACGGCGUCCGCGAGCGCCAUUACAACAAGUGAACGCAUGGUGUAAGGAAUCCGAAUUCGAACUUUUAACUAUCAAGUUAAGACUUCAAAUACCUUUUAUGUCGGAACGUCGUGUGUGACAAAAAAAAUUGUGAAAUCAAAAACUAGAAAAAUUUACAAAAUCUAAUCAAAUCUAAUCAAAUAAUUUUAUAGUGUCUCAAAAUUUAUUCGGCAAAAUGGUGAUGCUUCAGUCACCUGCAAAAAGUGCCGAAGCUUUACCAGCGAAUACGGUCGGUGACCAGCUGAGUCCGAAUUCUAAUCCAGAGUCGCCCAAAUCAAACACAUCACCGGAGAUAUCAUGUAACAAUGCCGCCGUCACCGCCACCUCAACGGCUACAAUCGCGUGCUCUUCGUCGACAUCGAAGAUACCGAAAUUCAUUAUUAGCCAACAAUCCCCAUCAGUUACUGACGGGUGUCCCGGUAGCAAUACCGGUACCAUGACUUCUACAGGCAAAAUACCCAGUGCAAAUGGCGAUAGUCUACGCUAUUCACUGGAGCGUCUCAAACAAAUGACUGAACUAAAUGUAGUAAAUCGUUUGAGUCCUACUGCGAAAGCCGGUGAUUUCCCGGAACACGGUGAUAUGGAAAAAUGUAAAAAUAAUAAUAACAAUAAUAGUAAUAGUGUUAGCAACUACAAUACUAAUGGCAAUGGUCCAAAUGGGGGCAACAAUGAAUCCAAUAUUCGUCGCUCAGUUUCACCACCGCCAACUACGUACCAUAGUCCACCGUUACGUAAAGUGAUUGAUAGUAACGAUGCUUCUUGCCAACUGACGCGCCCCGAGCCAUUGUCUCAUCCACAUGCGGCAUUGUUGCAACAGCAUCCACAUUUGUUGCAAAAUCCACAAUUUAUUGCCGCCGCCGCUGCGCAGCACCAUCAUAAUCACCAUCAGCACCAGCAUCAGCAACAUCAGCAUAUCCUCCACCAUUCACCAGCAAAUCACACACAUCCACAUCCUCAUCCAUUAGCGGAUUUCCAUCCCCUACGUCCGCAAUUAUCAAACUUAGUCGGUUUGCCGACGACACUGCAAGCUGCUUCGAAUUUGCAACGUCUUCCAUCACCAGCCAGUUCACCGCUAUCGUUACCCACAUCACCACUUCAACCGCAUUCCGAACAGCCGCAACUGCUCUCACCCGUGCAGCCGCAACAUCAACACCAACAACAGCAACAUUCCGUACAACAAACUUUAAGUUCAGCCAACGCUUCCACUGUCAGUGGAAGUGUGGCACUUUCGGCGCAACAACAACAUCACCUAUUGUCAACACCACCCUCAUCAAUGCUGCUCAGCGGCCCGCAUACUCUUCCACAUACUACCCAAAUGGCCAACUGCAGCCCCUCAUCAGUACUCCCAACGUCACAUGACAUGGAUCUGGAAAGAAUUAAGCUGGUUGCGGCACAAGCUGUAGCUGCCCGUUCCACGGUGAGUUUGAGCUCAGCUGCUUCCGCAUCGAGUACCUCCUCUGCCGCCGCUGCUGCCUCAAUGGCUGCGGCUGCGUCCGGUCUGUGUUUGCCACCUUCGAGUUCUCGUCCGGAUCUUAGUGAUUAUGGCUUUCGAAUACAGUUGGGAGGUCUGGCGGCGGCAGCAGCUGCAGCUGCGGCCACUUCACGCCAAAUCGCAGCGGCAAGCUACGCACGCAGUGAUACCAGUGAGGAAUUGAAUGUAGAUGGGAAUGAUGAGGAUAGCAAUGAUGGAUCACAUGGCACACCUACGGCAUGUCCGGUUGAUCUUACUAGAUCAGUACCAACAUCAACCUCAACAGCAUCUUCGGCGACAAAUGCUUCAAUGGAGAAAGAGGCCACCAAACGCUUAGCGUUCUCGGUGGAAAAUAUUUUGGAUCCGAAUAAGUUUACCGGCAGAACUGGAUCACUGGGCCAUUAUGGUGGACGUGGUUGGGGUUCGAGCAGCAGUAAUGCAGAUCGUGAUGAUGAAAUGCACGACGAUGAACACAGUGAAGACAUGUCAGCUCACGACCUCAAUGACAUGGAUCAGGAUGACAUGUGUGAUGAUGCGAUGAGUAGCGACAUUGAUGAUCCGGCCAGCGAGACGGACUCAAAGAAGGGUGGCAGUCGCAAUGGAGACGGCAAGUCGCAGGGAGGCAGUGGUGGUGGUUCAAAGCCACGACGUGCCCGCACCGCAUUCACAUAUGAGCAACUGGUGUCUCUGGAGAACAAAUUUAAGACGACGCGUUAUUUGAGCGUUUGCGAAAGGCUGAAUUUAGCGUUGAGCCUCAGCCUAACCGAAACACAGGUGAAAAUCUGGUUUCAAAAUCGUCGCACCAAAUGGAAGAAACAAAAUCCCGGCAUGGAUGUGAAUAGUCCGACAAUACCACCGCCACCGGCGGGAGGCGGUUUUGGACCUGGUGCCUACGCCAGCAGUCUACUUUACUCGCACGCCGUGCCCUAUCCACCAUACGGCCCUUACUUCCAUCCAUUGGGAGCGCAUCAUCUCAGCCACUCGCACUCAUAAAAUUGCAAGAUGCAACAGCGACUGUUGCAAAUAUUAGAAAUGCGAAAAUAUCAAAAGCGCGACGAACACUCAACUAAGAUGGGCGGCAGUGAGAGCAGACUAGACAAAUAAAAUACAACCCUGAGAGUAUUGGAUGGCUUGGGUAGGGAACCUUAGUCGGUGACCUUUUGUAAAAUGUGAUUGCAGUAAUGUUUUGAGACUAGACCACAAAUUCAAUAAACAAUUCCGCUUAGAUUUGCGAAUUAUUUUUGCUGCUUUAAAAUGUUGACGCUUCCGAACAUCAAUACAAAGAGCAAAGCAAAAUCGCAUGAAAACUUUAUUUGUGCUGUCAAUUAUGCACCGUCAAACACACAACCGUCUACUGUAAAUAUGUAUGCUUUGGAAUAUAAAUUGAUUAAAAAUGUAACAUUUUAUUUAGUACCAAACAUUAAAUUGCGAACAAUGUAAAUAUAUAAUUAAGACUAUGGUAUAUACACGUAUAUAUGUGCGUAAUAAUAAUUAUUGUAGAUAUGUAAAGCUUUAAAUUAAACAUUAGCUGUUAGUAAAGGGCUCUGCUUUUUAUCUCUAAGCUUGCAAGCUAAUUCAAAUGUGAAUAAAUUUAACAUAAACACCAGCGAUAAUUUUUAAAAGUAAGCCAAAGAAAAUCAAAAUUAAGAUUAUAAAAUUAAAAAGCAUUAAACUACUUAUGCCAUAAAAAUAUAUAAAGUAUUGUUUUUGUUUAUUGGAAGAAAAGGCCAAAUU